AGAAGAAGAAGAAGGAGAAAGAGAAGAAGAAGACAGAGAAGGGAGAACAUCAUGGCUAGUGAAUUAAAGAAGAAAGCAUUCUGGAGGGCUGUCGUGGCCGAAUUUUUGGCCAUGAGUCUCUUCAUCUUCAUCAGCAUUGGCUCAGCCUUGGGUUUCCAAUUCCCCUUGGUGGCCAACAAGACCAUCACGCCCAUUCAAGACAACGUGAAGGUCUCCUUGGCUUUCGGCAUCUCCAUCGCCACCAUGGCCCAAAGCGUGGGUCACAUUAGCGGAGCCCACUUGAACCCAGCCGUGACCUUAGGUCUUCUGCUCAGCUGCCAAAUCAGCAUUCUCCGAGCGGUCAUGUACAUCGUGGCGCAGUGCUUGGGCGCCGUGGUGGGCACUGCCAUUCUUUCUGGCAUCACAUCCAAUCUGGAAGGCAACUUGUUGGGACUCAACCAGUUGGCACCCGGGGUGAAUCCUGGACAAGGCCUGGGCAUCGAAAUCAUUGCCACGUUGCAGCUGGUUCUUUGCGUGCUCGCCACAACGGACAAGAGGCGAACGGACCUCUCCGGAUCAGCACCACUGGCCAUCGGUCUUUCAGUAGCUUUGGGUCAUCUUCUGGCGAUUGAUUACACCGGUUGUGGCAUCAACCCCGCACGCUCUUUCGGAUCUGCUUUGGUGACCACUAACUUUGCCGACCACUGGGUCUUCUGGGUCGGCCCCUUUUUGGGGGGUGCCACCGCAGCUCUCAUUUACGACUUUAUCCUGGCACCACGAAGCAGCGAGAUCACAGACCGCAUGAAGGUUUGGACCACCGGCAAUGCGGAAGAAUACGAUCUGGACGCCGACGACUCGCGAGUAGAGAUGAAACCGAAAUAAAGGGAAGAGGGAGCUUGGAAGGCUAAGGGAGGCGCUCAUUUCUGAAAGUGUGCCCUUUUUUUUUUUUUUACACGUGCAUCUGUUUGAUCAGUAUUAUAGACUUUUUCUAAAAUGACCUGCCGUUUUUCCAAUUAUUUUUUUUUGGGGGGGGUAAGCCACAAUCAGUUUCCUUCUGAGUUUUUAUUUUUUCCCUCUCCAAAUUUCUAAACUGGGGGAGGGGGGGAAUAUUUUGGGAGAAUAGAAGGGAGUUGUUUCUGGAGCCUCGUAUUUUUGUUCUGGAGCCAAAGGGAUAGGUGCCUUGAAAAAUAUAUAUAGAUUAUUUUUGUAUUAUUUCACCCUAGAAUGAUGGGAAGAGCCCUAUGCUAUAUGCUAUCCAGAGAGAGAGAGAGAGAAAAGUCAAGGAAGGGCAAUGCCUUGAUCUUAGAGAGUUAAGUUUUUAAAAGUGAGAAAGUCAAUGGAAGAAAAUAAAUUUGGUAGAGUUUUCUAGAGAAUCUGGGCCAUUUGGAGAUAUUAGGAAAAUAAAUAUUUCACCCCCAUUGGUAGAGAAUAGAACACACACACACACACACACACACACACACACACACACACACACAUCUUUGUAUAGAUGUAUUUUGAUUUUAUGCCCUCAAGUGAGUGUUGACUCAUAAUAGCAACAUAGAGCCGUGCUUCUCAGAUUUGGCAACUGUAAGCUGGGUGGACUUCAACUCCCAGAAUUCUCCAGCCAUCAUGUGUGAACUUGAACUCCCAGAAUUCCCCAGCUGAGAAUUGAAGUCCAUACCUGUUAAAGCACGCGGCUAGAGAAUUCUGGGAGUUGAAGUCCACCCAACUUAAAGUCACCAAGUUUGACAAAGACUGACAUACAAUAGGUAGGCCUUCUCCAGGAUGGUGGUGCAGUUACCACUCCUGGAAUCAAUUGAAUGUCAGAUGAGACCCCUAGGAUCAUCUAGUCCAACCCACUGCCCAGUGCAGGAAGCGCUACUGUAGCAUUCCAGACAGAUGCCUUUUCCUGCUGAAACACCUCCAGGUAUCCAAACACCACCCAAGGAAUCCUGUUUGAUUGUUGAAGAUCUCUUACCUUUUAGACCAGGGGUCUCCAACCUUGGCAAAGCUGGCUGAGGAAUUCUGGGAGUUGAAGUCCACAAGUCUUAAAGUUGCUAAGGUUGGAGACCCUUGCUUUAGAUGGUCUCUUGCCAUGCUCGGGGGGAGAACUCAACUGACCUCAUCUGGACCAACUAACUCAUCAGAUUCCUUAAACAAUAAAGAACAGUAUCCUGUGUUUUUCCUCAUUCGGAAGCAUGUACAGCCUCACUUGUACCAGCUUCUGGAAACAGGAAUCCUAGAAUAUAAGAUAUCUUAACACAACAACAGACUACAGAACAGGAAAGGACCUUGGAGGUCUUCCAGUCCAACCCCCUUCUCAAGCAGGAGACCCUAUACCAUUUCAAAAAAAAUGGUUGUCUAAUCCCUUCUUAAAAACACCCAGUGGUGGAGCAUCCACAACUGCUGGAGGCGAGUUGUUCCACUGAUUAAUUGUUCUCACAGUCAGGAAAUUUCUCCUUAGUUCUAAGCUGCUUCUCUCCUUGAUUAGUUUCCACCCGUUGCUUCUUGUCCUGCUUUGGAGAAUAGGUUGGCCCUCUCUUCUUUGUGGCGGCCCCUCAAAUAUUGGAAGACUCUAUCAUGUCACCCAUAAUCCUUCUUUUUAUUAGACUAGUAUCCAGUUUCUGCAACCGUUCCUUGUAUGUUUUAGCAUCCCUUCACCUGGGCUCACUCAUGACCACUUAUAGAUUAUAUAUUCCCCACAAGGCACUAAACAGGGCCACUUAGUGCUUACUAACCAGUUCUUGCUUAGCACGUACAUAUGUGUGGGCCACUUAGCAUGUUGUCCAAACCGUGGAAGAAGAAAAAAUUACUUUGAUAAUGAAGCUAUACAUAUUAUGAAACCACCGCUAGAUCUUACUGUAAAAGAAUCUCUCUUACAUCCAUAUGUUUAUUUCCUAACUUUAUUUUCUACGGAGGCCAACGGUCACCUUGAAACUGUGGCAAUUUCACAGCUGCCUUGCUUGUGAACCUAAAGUGCAUUGAUUGCUCGCUGCGUAUCUUCCAGACACGUUCCAAAAAUCCAAGUAAAAAUAUCUGGAAUAUCUGAAUGUAUUGCUGUUUUUUGUUUUUUUUCCUCCAUAGAAAACGGUGGGUGAUUUAACCUUAAAAACAUAUCGCUUGAUUAGAACUCAGCACAAGUUGGGCCUAUCGAUCUGGAUCAAACUGAAUUAAAAUUCGGGUUUGAUCCUCCCACAAACGUAGAGGGAAUUCUGAAUCGAUGCAAAUUUUUACGUACAAGUAAUCCGCGACUUACAACAGCACUGAAAAAAUUGACUUAUGAACGUUUUUCACACCUAAGACCGUUGCAGCAUCCCCAUGGUCACGUGAUCCAAAUUCCGACGCUUUGGCAACUGACUCAUAUUUAUGACGGUUGCAAGUGUCCCGUGGUCACGUGAUUCUCCUUUUGUGACCCUUCUGACAAGUAAAUUCAGUGGGGAAGCCACAUUCAUUUAGCAAUCCUAUUAGCUUACCAACCUCAGGGAUUCAUUUAAAAAUGGUGGCAAGAAACAUCGUAAAAAUGGGGGGGGAAAUUCAGUUAACAGCUGCCUCGCUUAGCAACUGAAAUUUUGGGCUCAAUUGUGAUUGUAAGUCAAGGACUACUUGUACUACGUAAGAUUGAAAUAUUUUAGGACAAGCCAAACUUUAUGUAAAUCUUCUUGGAUAUGUUUCUAAUUGUGAUCUACCAUUAUUUCUGUUGCAUAUUAAAAAAAUGCCAAAACAA